AUGAAUCAAGCUGAUAAUGACGCUGGUAAUAAAGCAGUGGACUCUCUGAUCAACUACGAAACAGUGAAGUAUUUCAACAACGAGAAGUUUGAAGCGGACCGCUACGACUAUUUCCUGAAGAAAUUUGAACACGCAUCUCUGAAGACCACGUCAUCUCUUGCCUUACUGAAUUUCACACAGAAUGCAAUAUUCUCUGCGGGUCUCAUCGGGGUCAUGUAUCUCGCAGCAAACAAAAUAGCUAAUGGUGAAGCUACGGUCGGAGAUCUAGUCCUAGCGAACACUUUGCUUUUUCAGCUUUCGAUGCCUCUCAAUUUCCUAGGUUCUGUUUAUCGGGAGGUUCGUCAAGGUCUCGUUGACAUGAACGCUAUGUUUUCACUCCUUAAUCUGAAAUCGCAGAUAAAGGAGAAGCCCAACGCAAAAGUGCUCACUGUCCACGGAAAUGACAUAAGCGUUCAGAUAAAAGAUGUUCAUUUCGGAUACUUACCUGGAAAACCCAUCCUCAAUGGUCUCAGCAUGGAAAUCCCUGCGGGCAAAAAGGUCGCAAUAGUAGGAGGCUCUGGUUCGGGAAAAUCGACACUUGUACGUUUAUUGUAUCGGCUGUAUGACGCUGAAAAGGGCACAAUCACUAUAAAUGGCGAAGAUAUUCAUGAUCUUACGCUCGAAUCUCUUAGAAAAGUGAUUUCAGUUGUACCACAGGAUUCCGUUUUGUUCCACGACACAAUCUUCUACAAUCUGGCUUACGGAAACCCCAAGGCCUCCACUGAAGAGGUUUACCAAGCUGCCAAACUGGCUGACCUUCACUAUUCAGUUGAAAGCAUGCCGAAUGGAUAUAGUACCAUUGUUGGUGAACGAGGACUGAAAUUAUCUGGAGGGGAAAAGCAGCGAGUAGCGAUUGCAAGAGCGAUUCUGAAGGUACUGUCUCUGAUCAUACUGUAA